GUUAUUAAAUAGUACGCUGUAAAAACUACAAGGGAGAUCACUGAAGAAUGGCAUCGACAAAGAUACAGAGUUUUAUUUCAAACCACAGAAUAGCAUUAAUAACAGCAGCUGGAGUCGGUGUAACAUUGGUAUGCGUAAGACGCUACGCAGCUGGUGUCAGGUAUACAAACACAACGACCAGAUUAGAUGGAAAACAUGUCAUCAUUACUGGUGCUAAUGCAGGAAUAGGAAAAGAAACAGCUAUCGAUUUGGCAAACAGGGGUGCUAAGGUCACGAUUGCCUGUCGAGACAUGAAAAGAGCGCAAGAUGCAGCAGACGACAUCAAGCAAAUUACCGGAAACCAAAACAUUUUUGUUAAACAACUGAAUCUAGCCUCACUGAAGUCGGUGAGAAGUUUUGCUGAAGACAUAAACAAAAACGAGAAUAGGCUAGAUGUAUUGAUUAACAAUGCAGGAAUAAUGAGAUGCCCUUACUGGAAGACAGAUGACGGUUUUGAGAUGCAGUUUGGAGUUAAUCAUUUAGGUCACUUUCUGUUGACUAAUUUAUUAUUAGAUAAGCUGAAGAUAUCUGCACCAAGCAGAGUUGUAACAGUAUCAUCUUUAGCCCAUGAAAGAGGAAAGAUAAACUUUGACGAUCUGAACCAGGAAAAGAAUUAUGAUCCUGGUAGCGCGUAUUCACAGAGUAAACUUGCAAAUGUGCUUUUCUCCAGUGAAUUGGCAAAGAAACUACAAGGAACGGGUGUUACAACCUAUUCCUUACACCCAGGAGUUAUAAACACAGAGCUAUCGAGACAUGUAACCCAGAGCAUGGGAUGGAGAAUGCUUCUUUCAGUGAUAAGACCUUUGAUUAAAACGCCAAACGAAGGAGCUCAGACGACUAUAUAUUGUGCUGUAGAUGAAUCUCUAUCUGGGGAAACGGGCAAAUAUUACAGUGAUUGUGCAAAAAAGAAACCAUCAAAAGAAGCUCUAAAUGAUGAAAACGCAAAACGACUUUGGAAGCUUUCUGAAAAAAUGGUUGACCUUUAACAAUGAAACAAACCUUGAUACAAAAUGGACAGAACAGUCAUUAGCCAAAAAGAAACAAACUAAGAAGUACAAUCCUUUUAAGGAAUACUUAUUGAAAUACAUUCUGUGUAAAAUAAACUAAAACGGCCGAGGGUGUAAACCAGGACUAUUCUACCUCAUAUUUACUUUUUCUUUGAAUAAUGAAUAUAAUACAUUCAUUUUGAACAAAGGAAGGCUGAUCUGAAUGUUUUAUGUUAUAAUUUCUAUUAAUACUUUUGUGUAAACAGUUAUCAUUCUGGAAACCUUAUCAGAAUAUAUGAUAUUGUUUAUUCCUACAAGGCCAAAAAAAUUAAAUAAGAUCCUGCCUCCUUCCGAAAGUCGGGUAUGUAGGGAAAAUAUUUGAUAUAGACUAUAUAUAUUGGGAAUUAUUCUAGACUCUAACGUGCUUAACAAGUCAGACAUGUAAAGGUGCUUAAUUAACCACAAAUUUCCGUAAAAUCUAUAAGGGGAGGCAUGCAAUUUAGGGUAGGUCAGGAGGCAGGAAACAUAACUAUAUUUUUUAGCCUUACUAAAUAACUUUGAAAAUAUAUGCAUUAUAAUAAAUAAAGAGCAUAGAUACUACUGGU